AUGGCGACAAGGGAACUACCGGCAGUGAGAUGGGGUAUCAUCGAUGCCAAGGCUAGCCAUAUCAUUCAGGCCAUAGGAAGCUCUUCCGUAGAGAAGGGAAAUGAUUUUGUUGCUCGUCAUUGUGAGAAGAGUAGCCCCAACGUAUACGGGGCGUACUCUCAAGUUUAUGAUGAUCUUAAUGUGGACAUUGUAUACAUCGGCACGCCGCACGCGUUCCAUAAGCAAAACUGCCUAGAUGCGAUUGCCAAAGGGAAAGCCGUGUUGUGUGAAAAGCCUCUAACAAUGAAUGCACGCGACGCGAGAGAGGUGUUUGAUGCUGCAAGGGAGAGAGGUGUUUACGUUGCCGAGGCCAUGUGGCUGAGACAUCGCCCUUUGGUCCACGACCUGAGGAAUUUGAUCUACAAAGACAAGAGAAUUGGAGAAGUCUUUCGGGCUUUCUCGGAUUUCGGCGUGGAGAUGGACAUACCCAAUUUGCCGGAGACUUCUCGAUACAAGCAACCGUCACUUGGAGCUGGCAGUUUAUUGGAUUUGGGCAUCUAUUCGAUCACAUGGGCGAUUCUUGCACUGGAAGAAGAGCCGAGAUCUAAUCCGAACGAUCUCACAUUGACUGGAGUACAAACGCACUGGCACGGAGUCGAGGUGACGAGCAGUGCGCUUUUACGUUAUGCAUCAACAGGCCGUCAGGGUAUCGUCGCUUCAACUACCAUGACAAACGGGAACCCGGAUAUGCUGGCUCGAAUUCAAGGAACCCAUGGAUCCAUAGAGGUCCAUGGCCCUUUCCCUGCGAGGCCAAUUUCUUUCACAGUAUUUCCUAAGUUUACUGAUACAUUGGUUGACGGAUUGGGGGAUGGCGUCGUCAUGAGGGGUGAAGGAAUCAAGUUCGACUACCCACAUGCCGGCAGAGGUUUUCAUUUCGAGGCAGAUAACACUGCUAUCGAUUACGUUUCUGGCAAGUUGGAGAGCCCAAUCGUGCCGUGGUCGGAGACAGUACGGGUCAUGGAGAUAAUGGAUGAACUGCGCAGCCAAGGAGGGACUAAGUAUGCCUAA